UAUAAAGACCGGCGAAAGAGACGGGCAAAGGCCAGUCAAAUUUUUCGGCGCGAAGUUAACGGUCUCGGGCCAGCAAUGACGAGGAGAACGGUAACGAGAUCCUUGUUGACCCUCGCGCUCCUCUGUAUCGGACUGGCAACAUCAGAUUUAUCACCAUAUAAACCAAGGGGAUGGCGUCCUAAUGGUCAACGCUUUAAUCCCGCCGACAAUCGAUUGCAUGCGUAUUACGGGCCCCCCGGAUUACCAGCCUAUGAACCGGCGGACUCGACAAGCCACCCCCCAGUUUUCACGAGCACCACCGCCGCCCCGAAAACCACGACAACACCGAGGACCGCAACGACGCCGCGAACCAGGGAGCCGACGACGCCCUCCGGCGCACCCGAGGAAGACUUCGACGCGAACCCGGCCGUGGCCAUCGCGAAUUCCUUCGCCUUCAAUCGACCCGUUUACAUUUACAACACCUACCCGUUCCUGCCGGGCCACGUUCUGCUCAAGUAACCUAAUCGUUCGGCUAUCGCGCGACGAGUCUCCGCGAAUCGCCGGCGAAUCGUCG